GCACCAAAUCCCAUCCCACCCAAACCACGCUCUUCCUCCGUCCAACUUUUCAACACUCUUUCAGGGAUUAAUUCUGCAUUCUGGUUUGGAGGGAGCAGAGAUGCUGAUCAACGUCAAGGAAUCCACCAUGGUGCGCCCGGCGGAGGAGACGCCGCGGACGCCGCUGUGGAAUUCCAACGUCGAUUUGGUGGUGCCAAACUUCCACACGCCCAGCGUCUAUUUCUAUAGGCCAAACGGGGCCUCCAAUUUCUUCGACACAACCGUUAUGAAGGAGGCUCUCGGUAAGGCCCUCGUCCCUUUCUACCCCAUGGCCGCCCGCCUCCGCCGCGACGACGACGGUCGCGUCGAGCUUUUUUGCGACGGUCAGGGAGUGCUCUUCGUCGAGGCUGACACCACCGCCGCCAUCGAUGACUUCGGCGACUUCUCACCCACCCUUGAGCUCCGGCAGCUCAUCCCCGCCGUGGAUUAUUCUGCCGGGAUCGAAACUUAUCCGCUCUUAGUGCUUCAGGUAACAUAUUUCAAAUGUGGAGGAGUGUCAUUAGGAGUUGGUAUGCAACACCAUGUAGCAGAUGGAGCAUCGGGUCUUCAUUUCAUCAAUUCAUGGUCCGAUGUUGCUCGAGGUUUGGAUGUUUCCCUCCCUCCGUUCAUCGACAGGACACUGCUCCGUGCUCGUGAUCCACCUCGUCCUGUUUUUGAUCACAUUGAAUACAAGCCUGCACCCACCAUGAAGACGAACCUGCAACCCCAAAAACCAGGCUCUGAUGACCCUGCCACUGCCACUGCCGUCUCCACUUUCAAACUCACCCGUGACCAACUCAACAGCCUCAAGGCUAAGUCCAGAGAAGAUGGCAACUCAAUCAGCUAUAGCUCUUAUGAAAUGCUGGCCGGUCAUGUAUGGAGAAGUGUCUGCAAGGCAAGAGCACUCCCUCAUGACCAAGAAACCAAAUUGUAUAUUGCAACUGAUGGAAGGUCAAGGCUGCAACCUCCCCUUCCCCCUGGUUACUUUGGCAAUGUCAUCUUCACCGCCACUCCUGUAGCAGUGGCCGGCGAUCUCAUGUCAAAACCAACAUGGUAUGCUGCCAGCAGAAUCCACGAUGCGUUAAUUCGAAUGGACAACGAAUAUUUGAGAUCAGCUCUUGACUAUCUAGAGCUACAGCCUGAUCUAAAAGCGCUUGUUCGUGGAUCACAUACUUUUAGGUGUCCCAACCUCGGCAUCACUAGCUGGGUAAGGCUUCCAAUCCAUGAUGCUGACUUUGGAUGGGGAAGACCCAUUUUCAUGGGACCUGGUGGGAUUGCCUACGAGGGGCUUUCUUUCAUUAUUCCCAGCUCUACAAAUGAUGGCAGCAUGUCUGUGGCUAUCGCUCUUCCUCCUGACCGAAUGAAAGUGUUUCAGGAUUUGUUUUAUGACUUUUGAACUCUCGGUUCAACAGAUUCUGAGGUGAUGUUUUACUUCUUACUUCAUUCUAAGUAUUUUUUUUUUUUCUUCAUAAACCGUAUGAAUAUCUCCAGUUAUACAAUAUUGAUAAUAGACUGCAUUGGCAAAGAUUGAUAAUCCGUAAAUACGAAUGAACUUCAAAA